AAAUGUAUAUGAGGCUGUUGGACUUGUGUGCCCAAAAAUUAGGGCUUUUUUUGUGCAGUGAAAGGAGUUUUGUUAAGUGCGAAUAGAUACAUGGAUGGAGAUGGAGGUUCGGCGAUCGCCACCGUCGGAAGCAUCGACCUCAGCCGUGGAGGGAAUCCGACGGCGGCGGUGGAUCUGACGGGUCAGGUCCAUCAGCUCCCCUGCUGUGUCAAGUACGAUGGACCUUGCUCUGUUUCUCACUACUUCAAACCCAAGCCCACUGGUAUGGAGGUGGAGGGACUGAAAAUGGAGGAAGCUUACUUCAGGGGAAGGAAGUUGCAAGGCACCACUCUUCCUCUUCCCCAAGGCUAUUCUGGCUCUGUGUUAGGAAAGAAGAGUGCUGACAAAAGAAAGACGUCUGAUAAGUGUGAAGAAAACUCAAAUUGUUGGGAGAUGAAUGCAAAGUUUCAAAGCAUGACAUUUUGGAAUCACAACAAUCUUCCCUCACGAGAUGAUGCUUUCUUGCGAUCCUUACAUUGGUUGACUGUCGCAAAUGCUGUAAGUCUUUGCUUGAUGUUGAUGCUCAAAAAGGUAAAGAAUAGAACUUAUGCAUUCUUAGAUGACGAUGUCUUGAUAUACUUCUUGUUCAAGGAUGUAUGAAGUAAAAUAUUUGUUUGGGAGAGAAGGGGGGGGGGGGGUUUUUUUUAUUGCCACAAUUAUUGCUAUCCAGAGAGCCUUGGAUGCAAAUAUCCAAUUUGCUGCUUCAAAUUACACUGGAAACAACUAUAACGGCAUGCAAUAAUAUGUAUUAAUCUAAAUAAUAAUUUUCUGCCGAGCCUAAAAUACUAGUGGUUUUCAAAAAAAGUGAAGGUUUAUAUGCAGGUCAAUAUUAGUCCUUUUCUGGGUGUUAAUUAUGCUUUUCUAAUCACUUAUGGAGGUUUGCUUAUGAAGAUUGCCUACCAGGUCACAUGUAUCAUAUCUUGGUAAUUUGUCCAGGCAGGGACCAAAACAAAGUUGUUUCAGUUACUUUUUGCAAAUGCUUAUGUUUUGGCAGAUUUAAGUUGAUCUUCUCAAAUGUCUUCUUAAAAUGCAUUUUUUCUUUGCAUUCCUUUUUCUGUAUCUGCUUACCAAACAUGAUUUUGGAAUUUGGAUUAAAUUUGUGUUUGGCAAUUUCUGGGUUGCCCAACAAACCCAUCCGACAUAUAUAUGGGCAUGUCUAAAGUUGAUUGUGGGUACAAAGGAU